CAAAGACGACGACGACGACGAAGAAGAAGAACAACAACAACAACCCGACGGCCAUAUUUGGGUUGACAUUCUUCUACAACGUUACAGACAACGUGGGAUUAAUCCCGAUAUAUCUCUUCCAAAACAAACGAGAUGCAGUCGACGAAAGAGCAGAAGAAUUGUAGGUGGUGAAACCAUUGAUUCCAACUCUUCACAGUCGGCUGCUCCCGAGCAUCCAAAGACUGACAAAGGAAUUGAUUGUAACCACUGUGGCACUGAUGUUGAACAACCUGAAACUGACUUACCAAUGAAGGAGCUGUGUUUCAACAUAGUAGUUCUCAAGAUGGUGGGGUGGUUUUAGAACAGGAUGAUCUAGUGGACAAUGGAACCGAGGGUGAUGUUCACAAUGAAGUAGACCAAGCAGAUUCAGCAGACGUGGUAUGGUGAUGAUGGAUCUGAUCGUAACGUUGAAGAUGAUAACACUUGGCAUAUUGAUGGCAACAAGGAAGGCGAGGAUGAUUUGGGGCAAGAACAGGGUGGAGACUCUGGACAAAAUGAAGAAAUGGAUCAGGGGGAUGAUGAAGAUUGGCAUGACAAUGGAGUUGACUCUGGAGGAGAUGAUGAAGAUGAUGAUUUUCAGCAUGGUGAUGGGGAGGAACGAGAUGAACCAGAUGAUAAUUACCGGGGAUUCAGCCUUGAAGAUGGAAAUCUUCCAAUUUAUCCAGAUGCACCCAUCACCAAGUCACAGUCUACUGCUGAUAGUGUCUUAUGUCUUGCGGCAUGGUCUUUCUGAUAGUUCUUUGGAUGAUCUUCUUUCUUUGAUGAAUAUACACUGUCCAAACAGUGUUCCUACAUCAAAGUGUUUGCUGUACAAGAGUGUUGAAGAUUCAAUGUAUGAGGUUCACUGUUAUUGUAUGGAGUGCACUGCAUAUCUUGGCCCCGAGAAAUUGUCAAGGAAUUGUACAAACUGUGGCAAUGAAUUCAGUGCAGACAUCUCACAUGCAGAAGGUAGUUUUUUUUCUCAGGAUGCCCGUCGAAACAUAGCUGCAAAGAAUGACGAAAGUACCAGAAGUGGCAGCUGCCCUUGAAAAUCGAAAUAUUGAUGAACUCUUGAGAGAAACUAACAUAAAUGACAUUGUUCAUGGUAUACCUUUAUAAAGACUGCAGGAUAUAGCACCUUGAAGUGAAAUAACCAGAUGCCCCAGGCCUCUCAAAACGCAGUAGUAUUGAAAGGUAUCUGAAUGGUGAGCUCUCCCGUUCUAUUCUUUGGUGGUAUUUCAGGAACUUUUACCUGCCGUGUAUAUGAAACACUGGUUCUUAUUUGUAUUUGGUAUUUAUGACCUCAUGAGGGAGACUGUUUUUGAAAGCAAGGUUCGUGAGAGCAACACUUGCCUCAGGAUGUUUGUUCUAAUGACUGAGCAGUUGUAUAGAAUAAGACAUUGCACUUUCAGUGUCCACUCUUUGAUUCAUUUUGCCCAGUCAGUUAUCAGCACUGGCCCUUUAUGGGCAACUUCCACCUUUUGUUUUUGAGGGAUACAACAGGACUUUGAUUAGAUGUUUCCACAGUACCCAGGAAGUUGGUUUGCAGAUUUGUGAGACAUUCUCUCUCAUGAAGGUUAUGACAGAGUUAGCAGUUAAUUGCAUGGAGGAGAACACUGAUGUGUCUGUCCUGUAUACCUCAUUGGCCUGCAGACACACUAAAUCAAAAUGCACAAACGUGUUUUCAAAUAAUUUGCGUGCUCUUGGCAAAGGAGAGCAAGUUAUCCUGCCUCCAUCAAAGUUACUGGCUGCAAGCAGACUGACAGGGAACCAAGUGCACACUUCCGCCAUUGUAUACAAGAGAUUUAUUUUUCACCACCUGCUGUAUGCCAGCAGUGACUAUUUUUGAUCUGCUCGGCAUUGCAACUGCUAUGUUGCAUUUACUCGUGUGUAUAAAUAUGGAAGAAUUGAAACUUCUCUCUGUGUUAAGUUGGGACCACACUGCAUGAGUGAUGAUGUUUUUUGUUUGUGUGAUAAAGCAAAUAUCAUACUAGUAAAGCCAUUCAGCAUUACACGAAGACCAUCAAUUGUUGAUGCAAGGCUCGGCUGUUCAACUGACUUUCUUGUAAAUAUUGACCAACAUGCAGAUAACCCACAUAUUUGUAUUUAUCCAGGAGACAUCCUGCAAAAAUGUAUUUUUAUGAAAUCUAAUGUUUCAUCUUACCUGUACCCACUGCCUUCUCAGUUCUACUGGGAUUAAGUUGUGAAUUGAUGGUUGCACAUGAAUAUUUUACAUGUUAGCAGAACGUGGCCCUCUAUAGAAUCCUAUAGUACAGCCUAUAGAAUUCUCCAGGUCUGUCUAUGGAAUUGUAUAGGACAACCUGUGAAAUUGUUUUAAUAGAUUUUGUCAUUACAUUAUUACAAAAGUACAUAAGACUAACAGAACCCAAAAGGUUAGCUUACAGAAAUCCUAAAGCUCUGUGAACACAGAUGUUUGCAGAAUGUCAAAUACAUGUGUUGUAUUUUUCAAUCAGAAGCGCAUGUGACAGAGGGGUUUCUAUGGUCAAAAUAAGUAAUAUUUUAACAAUUCUGUACUUAAAGAAUGGAAUUUUUGGUUGAGAUGCGCUUCUAGUGGUUUGCUUCUAAUAGAAGAAAUACAGUAUGCAUUUGUCAUGGACUGAGAUAAAUGAUAUAGCCCAGGACUGGUAAAUUUUGACCAGCAGAAAUUCUGCACACGAAUAGACUUUUGUUAAUGUGUGACUGAAAAAUGUAAAUGUGUAUGCUCAAAUUCACAUAUAAGCGUACAACUACUAGAACAGCUAAAAUAUGGAUUUCACUAAAAAUAUCAAAUAAAAUUUAUACGUGACAAAAUCAAAAGGCAAAGUUCUAACAUGCAAAACAUUCAUGUGUAGGAACAUUAUUUUAGCAGAUAGUUUCAAAUGGUUACUGAAACUAUAUGCAUGAAUAUGGGACGAAGUCACUAGCAAGUCAUGGAUUGGCAAGUCUCAAGUCAUAAUGACCACCAAUUGUUUGCAAGCUGACUUGAGACUUGUGACUUGCCAAUCCAUGACUUGCUAGUGACUUCGUACCACCUCUGGCAUAUAGGAUAUAAACGGUCCUACAGUAUUGUAUACACUUACUGAAAUUAUUUGCAUGGCAUAUAUACACUGGCGUACGAGUUGAACUGAUGCAUGUGUAGUUUCAUUUACAGAUGUUAUAGUAACCAUUUGAAGCAAACUGCAUUAAUGCUGACGUGUUUGGAUGUGUACAACUAUACUUGUGUUUGAUGAGACUGCAGUUUCCAAGUUCCAUGGUUCUACAAAGAAGAUGAUAUAUGUGAUUAUGUACGAGUAUAUACAUUUAAUAAUUUUGAAUUUGUAAUAAAACAUAUUGUUGAAUUUGUAAUAAUGUGUAACUUUUUUAUACUUUGCCUUUUAUAUCUGCUUGUGUAUAAGUGUGAUGUGUAUAUACACACUUCUCAAAUAUAUUAUAGUUACAAGUGAACAAAAAGUAAUGUCUCCUUGCUAGUACAGUGGCAACAUUAUCUUGCAUAAAAAUAUGCAGACAAAAUAAAACAAUCUUUUUUCAUCCAAAUUCCACAUUUUUUUUUCUAUCAGAUAAUUUAUUGGCUAAAUUUGAGUAAAAUGCCAGAAUUGAUUAAUAUGGUGUUUCUAUAUGCUGGCAUGUCUAUAGAACCCUAUAGGCUUCUAU